AUGGGUGAGAUUUCUCCGGACCGAUCUGGAGCUUUGCUGCCAUUCGGGCUCCUCAGCAGGAGUUCUCGACGGUCAAGUGAGAGUGGCACCUCAGUCGACAGUGAGGUGAUUCUAGAGGCAGAGCGGUUGGAAUUAGAACGCCUGGCUCUGAAGGAGUUAGAUGCUGCUGUGUCUAAACCGGUCGCUUUUUCCGUCCGGACCAACAUCAGUUUCGAUGCAACUCUAUACGGUUCGGAUGCUCCGUCCCCAAAUCAUGUGGUCAGUUUUGAGGCACGCGAAUUCUUGCAUAUCAAGAAACGUUUCAAUCCGCAUUGGUGGAUCGGUCGGCGCGUUCGAAUUGGUAGUCCCCUUGGGUUUAUUCCGAGCCCGGCCAAACUGGAAGCGAUUCACACAAAUACGGCUCAACUGGCUGGAUUAUUACCUCCAUUCUACGGUCCGGGUCCAUUGCCCGGUGAACUUCCAAAUAGUCCGGGUCCCACCUUGGCGGUUCCUGGUCAUGGGAACAAAUUAGGUCAGUCAACAUUCGAAUAA